GCCGACGUGAGCGGUCAAAAAGCGUGAAAAUGCGCCUCGGUUGUGCUUGGCUGGUGUUCCUUUGUCUGCAUUUGGAGCUGGAACUCGUCCAGGCAGCCAGAAUCCUUGGAGUAUUCCCAUUUCGUCACAGCUCUCCAUUCCAGAUCGUUAGACCUGUGUUGAGAGCAUUAGUUGAACGUGGUCACAAUGUGACUAUGAUAUCACCCGAGGGAAUUCCGGAAGACAUCGAGGGAAUGCGACACAUACGCGUAGAAAAGCUAAACCAGCGCACGCGGGAUCUAAUGCAUUCCGACCUAUUGCAGGGCUUCCUAAACAACAAAUGGAUUGAAGGCCUCCUAGCAUCCGAAAUGCACUACAAUAUGUCCGAGGCUAUCCUCUACGAUGAUGGAGUCCAACAGAUGCUGCGGGACAGGAGGGAAAGAUUCGACAUGGUUAUGCUGGAGAUGAGUAGCAUAGAUGCCCUAUACGGCCUGGGAGAGUUCUACAAUGCCACCCUGGUGGGAGUCUCUUCCCUGCGCCUUAAUUGGAACAUAGAAGAUCUGGCAGGCAACCCGGCUCCCAGCAUAAGCGAACCGAUUUCUCCAUUGGGCUACGCCAUGGAUACUUCGUUUCUCAGCAUGAUUCACAAUUGGAUCUACAUUAACGAAGAGAAGAUGCUGGUUCACUUCCUCGUCCGACCACCUCAGCUGCGUCUCUUCAAGAAGUUCUUCGGCUACUCGGCCGAGACUUUUCGAAACUUGCGGGGAAGAUUCUCGUUGAUCUUGAGCAACAGCCACUUCAGUUUGGGAAGGGCUCGAGCCAAUGUGCCCAAUAUCAUCGAGAUUGGAGGAGUGCAUCUAAGCGAAGCUCCUGAGCCGUGUGAUGAGAAGCUCCAGAGAUUCAUGGACGAGGCGGAGCACGGUGUGAUCUACCUUUCAAUGGGUCUGGAAAUUCUUGUCCGCUUUCUGCCGCAGAAUAUGCAGCAGUCACUGAUGCAGUCCUUUUCCCGACUAAAACAGCGGAUUGUCUGGAAGAACGAGGUAUCCAUGUCGCCCAACAAAACUGACAAAAUAUAUAUGAUGGAAAAGGUACCUCAGCGCCAUGUCCUGGCCCAUCCAAAGGUACGGCUUUUUAUCACCCAAGGCGGGAUGCUGAGCGUGAUGGAGGCAGUGUACAGUGGAGUUCCUAUGCUAGGGCUGCCGCUCUUCUUCGAUCAUUCAAGCAAUAUUAACCAGGUGCGACAGGCGGGAAUGGCUGAGAUCCUGGACACAAAUAAUUUAAACGUAGAUACGCUAACUAGCACUAUUUUAGAACUUCUUGAGAAUCCAAAGUACGCCCAAAAGGCCAAGGAAAUGUCCGAGUCCUUCAGGGACAGACCCAUGAGUCCUUUAGAGACUGCAGUCUGGUGGACGGAGUACGCCCUGCGGCACCCGAAUCCCACCCAUAUUCGCCUCAACUCUGAGGAUAUUUCCCUGAUGCGGUAUUACCGACUGGACAGUCUGUUGACCUAUGGCCUCAGAUUCGGAUUAGUCAUUGCAUCUAUUAUCUUUUUAAGUUAUAUGUGGUUUCAAAAUUAUAGGAAUAAUCGAAGACAUAUUGUAAUAAACUUACCAAUAAAGUGAGUUUGAUUUCUUA